UAUUAACAAACUGAAGAGCAUUAAUCCUGCAAAACUUUUGCUCACACACACAUACCUACAUUAUUGCAUUCACACUAUCAAGGUGCUGCAAACUCAAAUUUUGCAGCACAUUUGCAGCAGGUAAAAACUCUGCCAAACGUUACCCAGAAUCCCCCUCGAUGCUAGCAGCUCGCUAGCAGAGCAGCCUGCAAAAAAAAACAACAACAGGCUACUCUGCGAGGAAGGAAAGCUGCAGCAGCUGCAUGGAUAGCAACCACAACAACUACCACCAGCACCAGCAGGAUUUCAUGCAUGCAAAGAUAUUAUUCUCUUAAACCCUUUAAUGCAUCUUAGCCUUAUAAUUCUCCCUCUAUGUGUGAGUGUCUUCCGGCAGCAGCGGUGGCGGCAGCGGCAGCAGCUCCAGCAGCAGCAGCGGCAGCAGCAGUGGUGGUGGUGGCGGUGCCAUGAACAGUGGACUCCCAGCUCCAGCUGCUCCGCUUGGGGGUGCUGGGAUAAUAAUACCCAAUGUCAAGGUGAAGUUCUGCCGAUAUUACGCGAAGGACAAGACGUGCUUUUAUGGAGAAGAGUGUCAGUUCCUGCAUGAGGAUCCGUCCAUGGCAAUGCUGCACGGUGGAGGUGGAGGUGUUGGAGGUGGUGGAGGUAGUCCAGUCCAGUUGUCUAUGAAUCCAGGAGGUGGUGGUGUUGGAGGGACUCCUGCAGGGUAUUCCCUCGGUGGAGGUGUCCCCCCUUCUGCGGCUGUCUGCCCUGGAGCCUCGGGAACCAGUGUGUCCAAGAAGAGCAGUGAAACAUGUGGGCCUGCAGAGCUGCUAACCAUCCCAGGGAUGGAGGGAGCGACCCUGACCGAUGCCAAUCUCACCAAUUCUUACUUCAGCAGCAGCUUUAUUGGGGUCAAUGGGUUUGGAAGCCCUGCAGAGUCUAAAUAUUCAAUGAUGCAGCGAAUGACUACCAGCAGCAGUUCUCCCAGUCUCCUCAACGAUGGUGCCAAGAACUUCAGCCACAGCACUCAUGAUCCAGUGAGCUCCCCGACAUCCUCACUGUUCAGUGAUUUUGGUGCUCUUAGCAUUUCCCAAAGGAGAAAGGCUCCUAACCCGACAGCAAGUGAGUUCAUCCCUAAGGGAGCUCCACGUAUGGCCACCAUGCCUCAGUCCCCUGUCCAGGCCUUCCCCUCACCUCUCUUCCCACAUCCUGGCCUCAGCAGCUCCACAGCUGCUGCUCUGGCUCCUGGCAUGUCUCUGUCUGCGGGAUCUUCUCCUCUCCACUCCCCAAAAAUUACACCGCACACCUCACCUGCUCCUCGUCGGCGCAGUCACACCCCGAACCCUGCCAACUACAUGGUGCCCACCACUGCAGUGGACCCGGGUCCCCACAUGAUCCAGAAAGAGACUGUUGGGGGGACCACCUACUUCUACACAGACAACACCCCGGCACCAAUGGCUGGGAUGGUGUUUCCUACAUACCAUAUCUAUCCCCCCACUGCGCCCCAUGUGGCUUACAUGCAGCCGAAAGCUAACGCCCCGUCCUUCUUCAUGGCUGAUGAACUCCGACAGGAGUUGAUAAACAGACAUCUGAUAACCAUGGCCCAGAUUGACCACUCAGAGAACACAGAUGUACCGUCUGAGGUGGACAGCUACCACAGCCUCUUCCCCCUCGAGGCCCUCCCUCCACCAAACCGCAUGCAGAAGACCAGCAACUUCAGCUACAUCACCUCCUGCUACAAGGCGGUCAACAGCAAGGACGACCUGCCUUACUGCCUGAGGAGGAUACACGGUUUCCGCCUUGUUAACACCAAGUGCAUGAUGCUGGUGGACAUGUGGAAGAAAAUUCAGCACUCAAACUCUGUGACACUGAGGGAGGUCUUCACCACAAAGGCCUUUGGAGACCACUCGUUGGUGUUCUCCUAUGACUUCCACGCGGGUGCAGAAACCAUGUUCAGCAGACACUUCAAUGACCCAGCAGCAGACUCGUACUUUACCAAGAGGAAGUGGGGACAACAUGAACCUCCCCCGCCACGGCAGCAUGCAGGUCUGCUCCCCGAGUCGCUGAUCUGGGCUUACAUUGUCCAGCUCAGCUCGGCUCUGCGCACCAUCCACACUGCCGGCCUGGCCUGCCGUGUCAUGGACCCCAGCAAGAUUCUUAUUACUGGCAAGACCAGGUACACUCCAACGUUACGGGUAAACUGCGUUGGGGUGUUUGAUGUCUUAACAUUUGACAGCAGUCAGACCAAUCAUCUUGCCCUGAUGCCACAGUACCAGCAAGCAGACCUAGUGUCGCUGGGCAAGGUGGUGCUGGCGUUGGCAUGUAACUCCCUGGCUGGUAUUCAAAGGGAGAACCUGCAGAAGGCCAUGGAGCUGGUUUCUAUCAACUACUCUUCAGACCUCAAGAACCUCAUUCUGUAUCUGCUGACUGAACAGUCUCGCCUGCGCAGUGUCAAUGACAUCAUGCCGAUGAUUGGAGCACGAUUCUACACACAACUGGAUGCAUCGCAGAUGAGGAAUGAUGUCAUUGAGGAGGACCUGGCCAAGGAGGUGCAAAACGGCCGUCUCUUCCGCCUGUUGGCCAAACUGGGCACCAUCAACGAGCGGCCAGAGUUUCAGAAGGACCCAACGUGGUCGGAGACGGGCGAUCGCUACCUGCUGAAGCUUUUCCGGGAUCAUCUGUUUCACCAGGUGACAGAAGCUGGGACGCCCUGGAUCGACCUCAGCCACAUUGUCUCCUGCCUCAACAAACUGGACGCGGGCGUUCCUGAGAAGAUCAGCCUGGUGUCACGGGACGAGAAAAGCGUCCUGGUUGUGACCUACUCGGACCUGAAGCGCUGCUUCGACAGUACCUUCCAGGAGCUGCAGGCUGCAGCCUCCGGCUCUCUGUAGCGCCCUCUUCGGGCCCGGGAUGGGACUGGCCGUACCUGGAGCACACUAUUGCACUACAGCAGAGGACCAGGCUCAUGGAGAUGACAUCAGCAUGGCGAAGGCAGCGGGGCAGGGCUUCGUGAACCUCAGUCACAUACACUGACCGUGUCCACCAGGAAGGCUUUUUUCUAAAGUGUAUUUUUUUUAGUUUUCCUAAACCCCGCAGCUGAAAAUCGUAAAAACAAACAGAAAAAAAACUUAAAGGACAAAUACGGAAGCUGUGAUGAACGAAUAUGACAUUUUUUUAGAUUUGGGGAACAAAACAAGAAACAAAGGUUUUCAACUUUUUUCCGGCUUUUAUUGUUUCUUUCUACAGUUGGGGUUUAUUUUUCUGAGGAGGAUGCACUAAGAUUUUAAUUUUUUUGUUAUUUUUUGUUAUUUUUAUCAACAUGUGUGAGUGGCCUACAGGGUGUACAGAGAGCUAAAGUCACACACGGACAUAAAUACCAGAGCAGACUAAGAGUUAAAACAAACAACACAAAAAAAAUCCAGCUUUCUAUUGACUGCGUCUCUCUUCCGGCUGGAGACCACACCCCUUCAUUCUGACGCACUAGGAGACGGGACACACCACUCGAGGCUUUCAUUUGGGCGGGAUGGCACCUGUUUCAUGAAAUGGGCCAGCCCACCUUUGCCUUUGUUGUUGGUUCCCCCUCAGAAAGGACAGACCACUUGGGUGGGUGAGAAGGUUUCUUAAAACUGGAAAACAAUUGAUGGAUUUCUGUUCUGGAGAUAGUGGAACAUCAGGCUCAUACGUGUGGGUGGGUGGGCUAUCAUGGACUGGGAUUUGGGAUUUCAGGGGUAAAAUGUGGUUUUUGUUGGCACUGAGGAAGGGGUGUCGUCUCCUGAUGCCGCCUACCAAGUGUUUGUCACAUAUGCAGCAACCACCUUUUGGUUAAUGGACGCUAUCGUGACAUAAACUGCUCAAGGAUGGGUCGUUUUGGUUUUGGCUGUCCAGCACUUGGUUGUAGCCCGUUGGUGGGGCUUCUGUUGAGGUGGAGCCACAGCUGCCUCUUUGUGGAAUGUCCUUAUUUUGUCCCCCGCCUGUCCUCCUGCCCCCAACGUCCCCUUUCUCGAUCUCUCUCUUACUCUCCCCUCUUCUUCCUGCUUUUAUCCCGAUCUUCACUUCCCCUCAGGCCCCUCUACAUUUGAGAAAAAGUGACACUUUUUGUGAAUUUUCUAGCUGGUUUUUUCCUCUUUGCUCAGAUAUUGUGCAGGAAUGCAUGAUGGGGAACUGGGAGGGCAAUUUAUUUUUGCCUCAAUUCAACUUUAUUAUUCUGUGGACCAAUUCCAGCAGGGGUUUAGGGAAACGGGGAAGGGAUGGAGGGGUGAAGGAGAGAACAGGGGCACCAACCGUUUAGUUUUAUUUGACUUUUAAAGAUCAUGAAAUACAAAUGUGCUGGAGACAAAGCGGCUCAGAUGGCUUGGAUUUCUCUCAGGAUGACUAACAGCUGGAGGGGCCCAAUGAUUGAAUGUGUUUGGCUGUCAUUGGCCGCCCCCUGUCCAGUCAGAUGGAUGAGCUACAGUGGAGUGGGUGGCACGUCUUCAUGUGGAGGGUUUUAGGACGUUAGUGGCACUGUGGAGAUCAUGCCGUGAGGAAUUUCUUGUUGCCCUUAAGUACGGCUCAUAUUCUGUUGAUGAUUUGAAUCAAAUUGACUGAAUGAAUUUGGUGCAAACUUGCUUCACCCUGAUAAAUGGAUCCAUCCACGCUCUAACCACUGUUGAUUUGUCUGCCUUAUUCUAGUUCUCAGUAGCUUUUGAUCAGUGUGACUGUAGAAAACACAGGGUCUCAUGUACGAAGCACAGUGUCAGAUAAGAGACAAAUCAAGGUGAAAUGCAUAAACAAGAACAGCGUCAUAGCUUUUACGUCAACUUUUCAAAGUUGUCAUGGAAGUGGAUGGUCUGUACUUGGGGGUAACAAACCUGCAGGGAGCUGGUUGUGUUAGAUCAUGUACAACUUCCUCUGUUUUAGUGAAAUGAACGGAAAAAAACAUACUUGGUGAAUGUGGUGCUUUAGAAAACCCUCAAAAACACACACACACACACACACACACACACACGCCCCCCAACUCGGUCCACACAAUGUCAGUGCUCAUAUCACCCUCUUCCACAUCAUAACACACACUCCAGUUAAUAUUAGUGAUGACCUUCUUCCCCCCCCUAUCAACACACCUACAAUCACCAUCUUAGUAUGUUUUAUGCCCCUCUUGUGUUCAUUGUCUCAAAUUUUGCAAUAUUUGUGUGUACAGCAGUAUUUUAAUAAAGAAUACCAAAACUGA